AAACAAUCCGCCAUAUUGAUUUCGUUAGCGUCGUCUUGGUAGAGCAGAGGAAUGCCUCGCCAAAGGAAGGUUCCAGCAAGGUUUAGAGAUGGUGCUAAUCCUGAUGAAAUAGAGGCCGAAGGAGAAAGCAGUGGAUCUAACCCUGAGAGUCCUCAAAAGAAACAGGGAAAGGAAAGCUCUGGCUCAUCAGAUCUUGCCAGCCCUAUUACAUCAAUGCAACACUUUGGUGUACCUCCCGCCUUUAUCACAGAAUCAAAUACACAUCCUACCGAGACCACUGUAGGAAUGAACAGACCAAGCCUCAAAAUUGAUCCAGUGUAUCCAUGCGGCAUUUGUAAAAGGGAAGUAAAUGAUAAUGAUGAUGCCAUAUUCUGUGAGACAGGCUGUGCCCAGUGGUAUCACCGUGUCUGCACAGGCUUGACCGAAUUAGCUUAUGACUUGCUAACUGCUGAGGAGAAUGCAGAGUGGGUCUGUGACAACUGUAUUGCAACUAAAAGUGUUCCAUUGGUUAAAUUGAAGAGUUGACUGUCAUGUCCUCUUUAAUACCAAGAUAGUUGAUAAAUAUUAUUGUAGUUAGUAUAAUUAUUAUGUUAACCAAUCUGAAUUUUGUAAUUUUCAUGUUUACUGGUUUGAAAAUUAACAAUUUAUACAUUUUAGUUCUGAGAUAAGGAAUUUUAUGACACCUUUUGAGCUUCGUUGAUGGAAAAGAGAGAUUGUAUUUAAUUUGUAGGUGAACAAUAACAUCUUUGGAAAACCAUUUGGUUGAGAAAUAUUCAUGUUAAACAUGUGUUAUUCCAUGUGCACAAUUACAAUCCUGAUGAUGUGCAUGAAAAAAAUUUUGAUGCUGAUUGGGUAGAAGUGAAAUACAGUUUUUAGUUUGUAGCCUAAAAGUAUGUAAGAUUUGUUCAACAAUACCCUUUUUCAGAAACUUUGUCUUUGCUAGUAAAGAAUUUCGGAAAAUGUAGCGGAAAUCUAAUUAGUAGUACCAUUUUCCAAAGAAAUGAAAGACUGUGAAGUUGAGAAAAAUGAAAUUCUAAUGAUGUUAUUGAAGAUGUUUUUGCAUUGUAUUUGUGCAAAUACAAAACUAACUUUUCUCACUGAAAUGUUUUCUCCAAGAUAAUAACGAUAGUCUAUGAACUAGCUUAAAUUUCUCUGUCAGUACAUGAAGGCAAGAGGUGUAUAUGAGUAGCAAAAUACCCUGUAUCUUAUUGGUUGAUAUAUAUUCCUGAAAAAGGUUGUAAAGUGAAAUGCAGGAUUUUCAUGUUUCCCUAUAUUUGAAGUUAAGCUUUUUUCUCUUCAAACUUACUACAAACCAUAAGGAAACAGUUUCAGGUUUGGUCAGACUAAAUACUGUUUUAGUCAGUCAUGGUCUCAAGUCACACAUGUAAGAGCUCGGGUUCAUGCAACUCCAGUUAAAAACAUAAAAUUUUUCUUAAAUUUAUCUGUACAAUUGAAUUGACUCUACCUCAUGAUGUUGGUUGUACAGUAUAGGGUUAACCUCUUAAACCUCCUUUUAGGGUAUUAUUUGUGUUGUUUAUUCUUUGAUACCUUAAAUAAAGUAUGUAUGUAUGUAUGUAUGUAUGUAUGUAUAGUGUACCCUUUGACCAUGCUAGUGUUAGACAGUAUUGACAUGAUUACAAUGACCAGUACUCUUAGCAUCUAUUGUAAAUUGUUAACUUGAAAGUUGUAAAUAUGUGAAGAAGUAUAAAUAUAUGCAUGCAUUAUUCUGUUGACAUACAUGUAGUGUAAUUUUUCAUUACUUAUGUGUAAAUUUUAUGCAAAAAAAUGCUUUUAGAGAGAAGCAUUAGAUGAGAUUGCGUUAACUUAGCUUCACUUACAACAAGCAGACAACCUUGUUCUUGACUUUUAUUUUGUUUUAUUAUCAUCUUUGGGUACUUUUCAAUACAUUAUUGGUAUACACCAAUUUUCCUUAACAUAUAGAAAAAAUCCAAAGGCAAAAAGGACAAAGCCAAAUAGGAAUUGUGUUUUGGGUAAGAAAUUACUCUGUGGUGAUAUACUUGGCACCAAGGGAAUUUGUGAACAAUUUCCACAGGAUCCUGUAAACUUCUUGAGAUUGUCAGACAUAAAAAGUCAAGUGAUUCUUAAGUCUCUGUUUGGUGUUUUACUUGAUGAAACAUCUAAACCAAAGCAUGCAGGAAAAUCAUUGUGUUCUUGACAUUAAGCUCAACAUGAUAGUUUGAAAUAUUGACCAGAUUCACACACUAUGAUAAUAUUUAAUUUUUGCCUUAAAUAUUGUUACUUUUUCAGUGAGCUAGUGCACACCAGAGAAUGGCAACAUUUAAACAAAUGUUAAAAACAGUAAUCUUGUAGAAUGCUUAAGUUUGCAUAUUUGUCAACUGGUGAAACAACAAAAAUCUAAUACUCUCAAGAAGUUUGUAAAAAUUUCCAAUGCGUGCUAGGUACCUUGCCUUGAUUUUAGAUGCUAAUAAUUCCCAUGUCGCCUUUUUGUUUUGUUUUGUUUUUUUUUUUUUUUUCAUUUUUGAUUUGCCUUAAACAUAUCAAGUUUUAUCUUUCUGCAAGUCAUUAAGCCAUUCAAAAUUAUCUAGAAAUGAACGUGACGCUGAGUAUUUUCAUUGAAUUUUGUGGAAAGAUGAAUCUUAGUAUAUUAUGCUGUUAGCAGUGCAACAAUAAAAGAUGGGGUUCACUAAACUCCUUUGUGAGUUACAGGCACAUAAAGCUAAAAUCAAGGGUGUUUCCAAGAGACUGUCAUGUUGCUAUGAUGACCUAAGAUGUUGAACAAAAAAUUAAAAAUAAACACAUGUUCAAAAA